AUGUCUAUGCCACUAGAAACGCCCUUAUUCACGAGAAACAGACUAAAUUAUGCCCUUCCCCAACCGCCGGUGGUGACUCAAAAUGAAAUCUAUCUAGACCUCACAGCGGGAAACGCUGAGGGAGAAAUGCAACUGUCACAUCCAGAUACACAAGACUUUUCCCAUCUUGAACCAACAGCAUUUUUUCCUUCCACAAAUGUACAUACUUCGUCACCAAUUUCGCAUGUUCCAUCUUCCAUUGCAUAUGCUUUUUCCCAUUUUUUGCAUCAAUCGUGUACAUAUGUUUGCGAUCUAAAACGACUUUGCCAUCUGUGGCUCACGUACCCACAACUUGCAUUUUCUCUAGUCAGAUCGCUCUUCAUGUUUUUCCUGACAUGGAUUCAUCACGGAAGUCAGAAGGACCCGCUCCUUCUACAAAGCCCCCAAGAUGAUCAGGACGAAAGCCUGCGAAAAACGGAUGAAAGCUCGUUCCAUGAUGCGAUCCAACCAGAACCUAAUAACUACUCACGUGUACUUCCUGAGGACAUGAGCAUUAUUUCUAUCGAAAACACUCUUGGAGCGAAUAUGUACCUGUCUAUCUUUGAAGUGGACAGCAACGAAGACUUGGUAGGAGCAAACCAGCAGUAUGGAACUGCUCUUCUAUCCAAUAAGAGACCCCUCCGGGCUGCACCGUCACAUGAAUCAACAACCACAUCUAAUGCUAAUGCAGACCUUCCCUUUGACUUAUUGCUACCCCGAGACGAAUAUGAUGCGGCUAUUUCUCGUUUCUACUCGCCUUCAAUACCACUCCCAAAACCCAAAUACUCCUUUACUGAUGCCCUCUUGUCGACCCUCCCAAGACCAAGUGUGGAUUUCCUUAGGAAGGAAAGACAAGAUAUACAAGAUCUCAUUACAAAAGAAAGAACCGCGCUCCGAGAGUCCGUGCCUCAGCUUCCAAAGGACAAGUUGGAAGUGGUGCAGAUGCACUGGAGAAAGCGCAAUUCAGGAACUCCAAUUGUAUCAGCAUUUUCAAUUGAUAUCACUCCGCGUGACUUGCUCACUUUGUCCGAUGGCCAUUGGCUAAAUGACAAUGUUAUAGACUUUUACUUGUCCUUGGUGGCGGAGAAAAACAACAACGUCUACUGUUGGACUACGCAUUUUUUUUCAACGUUGAAAAGCAAAGGAUAUCAGGGUGUUGCCCGUUGGGCGAAACGAAGAAAGGUUAAUGUGACUGAAAAGAACAUCAUUAUUGUGCCCAUUAACAUCAUGAGUACACAUUGGGCUUUGGCUGUGGUUGAUAAUGUUGCCAAGGAAAUUAGAUAUUAUGACUCGCUAGCCUCAAGUGGGAACAUGAAUGCGGUGCAGCUUUUGGCUCAAUAUAUGCAAAAGGAAGCUGAAAGACUCCAGGUGGUACCAAUCGAGUACCAACUCUUUCCAAGUACAAAGACGCCGCAACAGCAAAAUGGAUAUGAUUGUGGCGUAUUUACAUGUACGGUAGCAAAGUACAUUUCGGGAAACAUGGACCUCACUUUUUCGCAAAAGGAUAUGAAGACUAUCAGGCGUCGAAUGGCUUACGAGAUCAUCCAAAAGGGGCUCCUUGAUGACGUUACAGAUAUGCCCCAUCUAUAG